AUGACCAGCAUCGACAUUCAGAACCUCCAAGACUUCAGGACCUCCUGGAACAACCCAAGCGCCAAUGAUGGCAGCAAGAGCCCAAGAAGCGUCGACGAUUCCGUCUUUCACGUUUGGCAGAAGCCUGAUACUGGCUUUCACGAUCUAAAAAUUAGAUUUGAAGACCAGAUGUUUGGCGGUCACAGCAGCUUGGAUUCUGACAUUCACGUUGACGCUGACAUUGACAACGUUGACAACGUUGACAUUAACACAGCCAUCAACACCGCCAUUAGCAUUGACAUUGGCGAAACCAUCGUCUUUGACAAUCACAGUGACGAUGACGAUGAUGUCAUCAUGCAGAUCGACGAAAACGAAGGCUUGCUCAACUUGAAUGAGUAUUACGAUUCAAUUUCCAACGAUGUGGGUCGUCCGCAAGAACUAUUGGCCGAUGCCGUGUUGACCAACGUUUCCACUGCUGCUGAUGAUGACACCAAUUCAUUCUUUUCGUGUGAAAGCAGUGACACGCAUGACCGCAGGACAGCUUCCAUAUACCCUUUUCAACAUCAUCAUCAUCAACAACAAGAACAACAGCAGUUCCAAGAAUCUCUUCACAAACUCAACCAGAGCAUGAAGAAGUCCCAAGCAACUCGAAAGUCGCUCUAUGCCAAGACACCCAAGCUUAAGGAUUACCAAAGGUCUUCGACUGUUCGCAACGUUCUGCAUCGAAUCGAGUACUCGAGUCGUCAAAUCGACUCUUUCUAUCAUCAUUCGACAUCACCAGCGUCGUCGUCAUCAUCAUCAGCAAAAACAAGAAUGAUGACGACCUCCAUUUCAUGA